AUGAGGCAGAGCUUAGUAGUAAAUUACUGUUAAAGAAUUUUCGUUGUAGAUGUCAUGAUUAUCUUUUUUACGAGAGUUUCGCUCAAAUGGAUACGCCGCUUAAAGUGCGCUUCUGCUUUAUCUUCGAAACGAGGUGUGGUUAAUUGAUACGGAUGAAUACUACAUUUGUAUUAUAGUGAAGAUAUAUUUCUUUUUGAUAAAAGACCGGUCGAAACGAAAAGGGCACGAUGCUUGGUCGUCUUCCUGCUUGUGUAAUUGACGUGGGUACAGGGUAUGUAAUAAAAUAAAAAAUUAAUCUCGACUAUAAUAAAUAAGCCGAAGCGUGAUCUAAUGACACAUGUCAUUCGGUAUAUUAGAAUGUAUUUCGAUAAUGUAACUUUAUCAACUACUUUUUCUUUCAUUUUAUUUGUUGCUAUUUAGCUGUUACACGCAUAACUGUUGAUUUUUAAUAAAUUAGUAAUAAAUUUGUAUUAGCGCAACUACCAAAAUUUGAGUUUAAUAUAUAUACAAUAUAUAAUAUAAUAUAUAUAUAUUCUUGUUGCUUAUUUGUUCUGUCAAAAGAGAAAGUACUUAUUAUUAUUUACGACUUUACAGAUAUACAAAGUUAGGUUUUGCGGGUAAUAAAGAACCACAGCUUAUAAUUCCGUCUGCAAUUGCCAUUAAAGAAACUGCAAAGGUUGGAGAUAAUAAUGCUAGAAGAAUUACUAAAGGAGUCGAAGAUUUGGAUGCUUACAUUGGAGAUGAAGCUUUUGAAGCUACGGGUUAUUCUGUAAAAUAUCCAGUCAGACAUGGAUUAGUGGAAGAUUGGGAUUUAAUGGAGAAAUUCUUGCAACAAUGUAUUUUCAAAUAUCUGAGGGCAGAACCUGAAGAUCAUUAUUUUUUACUCACGGAACCGCCAUUAAAUACCCCUGAGAAUCGCGAAUACACUGCUGAGAUAAUGUUUGAAUCGUUUAACGUGCCAGGUCUCUAUAUUGCUGUUCAGGCGGUAUUAGCAUUAGCUGCCUCUUGGACAGCUAAAACAAUAGAAGAUAGAACAUUAACAGGUGUUGUUGUUGACAGUGGAGAUGGAGUGACCCAUGUAAUACCAGUGGCAGAAGGUUUUGUUAUAGGAAGUUGUAUAAAACAUAUUCCUAUUGCCGGUCGCGAUAUCACAUAUUUCAUUCAAAGUUUAUUACGAGAACGUGAAAUUGGAAUACCACCUGAACAAUCAUUAGAGACAGCUAAAGCAAUAAAAGAAAAAUAUUGUUACAUAUGUCCCGACAUUUCGAAAGAAUUUGCUAAAUAUGACAGUGAUCCAACUAAAAUCAAAAAAUACGAAGGUGUCAAUAGCAUUACAAAACAACCAUUCAUGGUAGAUGUUGGAUACGAAAGGUUUCUUGGGCCAGAGAUAUUCUUUCAUCCUGAAUUCUCUAAUCCAGAUUUCACGACACCAUUAAGUGAAAUCGUAGACGAUGUAAUUCAAAAUUGUCCAAUAGAUGUUAGGAGACCGUUAUAUAGCAACAUUGUAUUAUCAGGUGGUUCUACAAUGUUCAAAGAUUUUGGUAGACGAUUGCAACGUGACAUAAAACGAAUUGUCGAUGCACGUCUCAAACUUAGCGAAACAUUAAGUGGUAGUCUUAUUACGCCAAAACCUAUAGAUGUUCAUGUUAUAUCGCAUCACAAACAACGUUGGGCAGUAUGGUAUGGGGGUGCUUUAUUAGCUAGCGAUCCAGAAUUUUAUACAGUUUGUCAUACCAAAAAGGCUUAUCAGGAAUAUGGUCCUGGCAUUUGUCGUUACAAUCCCGUAUUCCAUAGUAUGGUAUAAAGUAAAUAAGAAUACAAAUGGUAUUAAAAAAAUUACAUUAUUACAGACCAAUGGUCUCUUGAUACUACGCUCUAUUAACAAUUUGUUCAAUCUCUAA